AUGGGCUCUGUCCGCACCGACACAGCGCUGAUCCUGCCCAUCAGCGACCUCUCGCUCUCCCGCGAUGUCGACCGUAAAUUUCGAUUAGCCGGCAUCGUCACUGCCGUCUCCCCAUCCGACUCGUCGCUCGUUGUACUCUCCGACCCCUAUCCCGCCUCUGAUGGCUGCGCCGGCUCCAUCCUGGUCGACCUUUCUUUGUGCAUUGAUCAGUCCCAAGACGGUAGCAAAGGAGGAUGGGGCAGAACCACGCCCCAAGUCGUGCCUCCAGAACUCAAGUGUAAAUGCAUGGUCAUCGGACACCUCACCAGACUCCCGCUUCCAAUGGACAUCACAUUUGCGUUACGCCAGAGUCACAUUGAUUUGGGCCAAGUACAGCUCCAUCAUGCGGUGCAUUUGAUGCGCCAAAAGUGGGCGUCCUCGUUAAAUAGGUACUUUGUGCUGGAAGCGACGCUGGUCAAACCGUUGGACGACGAGUUUGACUUGCAGCUGUGGAAUCGUACGGCGCGCGUGAGGUCGCACCAUUUGUGGAGCAUGCAUCACCAGCAACAGCAGCAGACGCUAGCAUCGAGCAGCUCGACAAGUACGAUCGGUUCUACGGCAACAGACGACGACACUGCUGCUGCUCCUGCUCAAGAUAGCAAAGGCAAACGCAAAGCCAUCUGCAUCGACUGA